CGUUAUGACGUCGUCACGUCCGGUAUUACUCUUCCUCGGAACAACAAUGGCGUCUGUGAGCGAGGAGCCCGCUGCGGUCACUGAGGACGAACCAGCGGAGUCUCUCGCCUCCCAGAAGAGAGAAGCGAGACUACGGAAAUUUAGAGAGCUUCAUUUCAAACGGAAUGAAGCUCGUAAGCUGAACCACCAGGAGGUUGUUGAGGAGGACAAGAGGCUGAAACUGCCCACUAACUGGGAGGCUAAGAAAGCCCGACUGGAGUGGGAGCUCGCAGAAAGUGAAAAGAAAAAGGAAUGUGCUGCCCGAGGAGAGGACUAUAACAGAGUGAAGCUCCUGGAAAUCACGGCUGAUGAUGCGGAGAGAUGGGAGAGAAAGAAGAAGAAGAAGAAUCCAGACACGGGAUUUGCAGGCUAUGCUGAGGCCCAGUUCCGGCAGUACCAGAGACUCACCAAGCAAAUCAGACCAGACCUGGAAGGUUAUGAGAAACUGAGAGAGGAGAGCGGCGAGGACUUCUACCCCACAUCCAACAGUCUGAUUCACGGCACCCACGUCCCUACAAAGGAGGGUAUUGACCGCAUGGUGGAGGACGUUGAGAAACAGAUCGAGAAGCGGGCCAAGUACAGCCGACGCAGGGCGUACAACGACGACGCCGACAUCGACUACAUUAACGAGAGGAACGCCAAGUUCAACAAGAAGGCGGAGCGUUUCUACGGCAAAUACACGGCAGAGAUCAAACAGAACUUGGAGAGGGGCACAGCCGUGUAGCGAGUCCCUGCGGUCCGCUGCUUGUGUUGUGUAUUUUAUUUACAAGCCCAGAUAAAGACGUGCAUCGUAACCCAGCUUUUCUGAUCAUUUAUUCAUCACGCUGAGAUAUUUUUGUGCUGAUGUCAAAUCCUGUUACUUGUUAAGAUUUGGUGUUUCUAUGUACAGCAUUUAGAAAAUGAAACAACUGUUAUUCUUCAUUUUGAAAUAAACCACUUUCAAUUAUA